GGGUUUGUGUGUGUUUGUAUCUAUAUCUAUCUAUCUCUAUAUCUAUACAUCCGCCGCUGCAGCUGCUCCUGCAAAACUUCUAAUCUCUCCUCAUCAACAAUGGCUGAACAGACUGAAAAGGCUUUCUUGAAGCAACCUAAAGUGUUUCUCUGCUCAAAGAAGAGUGGCAAAGGAAAGCGACCAGGAAAGGGUGGUAACAGAUUUUGGAAAAGCAUUGGUCUUGGAUUCAAGACCCCCAGAGAGGCUAUUGAAGGGACUUACAUUGACAAGAAGUGCCCUUUCACUGGUGAUGUAUCCAUUAGAGGUCGAAUUCUUGCUGGUACAUGCCACAGUGCUAAGAUGGUUAGAACCAUCAUUGUUCGAAGGGACUAUCUUCAUUACGUGAAGAAGUACCAAAGGUAUGAAAAGAGGCACUCAAAUAUUCCUGCCCACAUCUCACCUUGUUUCCGUGUAAAGGAAGGCGACCAUGUCACUGUUGGACAAUGCAGGCCUCUAUCAAAGACAGUGAGGUUCAAUGUCUUGAAGGUGAUCCCAGCAGGAUCUUCAGGCGGUGGGAAGAAAGCAUUUACAGGGAUAUAAAUUAUAGUAGUGUUCAACUUUUAUUGCAUGAUCAUGUAAAAGUUUUUAAGAACCAAACUGCAGUUUAUUUUUCCAUCGACAUUAUUAUGCAUGCAGUUGUUUUUGGAUUAUGUCAGCACUUUUGAGAGUUUACUUAAGAAAUUUGUUGUCGUCUUUGUUUUC